AUGAUCAAAGCCGCUAUCACGGCCACCAAACACAUUGAAAGCCCAGCAGAGAACGGGGCUUCCCAUAACCGUGAAGGUGGCCCCCGAAGCAGCAUUUCUUUGGACCGCACCCAACCCACCGAGGUGGAAUCUGGUGCCGGGAUCAUGGAACCUCUGCCCUCUGCGCGUCUAGCUGCACAGGGCAAGCAUGCAGAAGAGCGAGAGGUUCUUCAGAAAGAGCGGGAUUAUUAUAAGAGGCGUGCCGAGCGAUAUAAGGAGAAGAAGGAAGAACUCGAGAAGAGACAUGCUGCAGCAAGGAGGUCACUCAAAAACAAGGAGACUGAGAUUGGAUCUCUCUCUCAGAAAAACAAAAAGAUGACGUUUGAGGUAGAUGAUCUCAAGAAAUUUAUCACCAGGCAGGAUCGUGAAAUCACCGCCCUCCGGGAGGUGGUGGAUGAGAUGAAGAAGCUUGAAGAAACGUUGGCAGUAAAGCAGCAGAACAUCGCCGAACUAACCGAAGCAAUAUCAAAAUCCAUACCUAGCGUCAAUACAGUCACAAGAGACGAUGCCUAUUUCGACGGAGAGUUUUCGGGCUUAGCCGGCGCUAUUCGUCAAUGGGCCUUCAGAUAUUUCCGCAACGGACCAGAGGUAAACCACAGAAGCCUUCCACCGAAAUUGCAGGAGGCAAUGGCAGCUACUAUCAGUGAUUACUUCCCGGUGCCGGAUAGAACAGUUGUGGUAAAAGAUAUCGAAGCGUCGGUCACCGAGUUGAUUCUUAAUUGGGCUUUUUGCUGGCCGCAGUUGGCAUUUAGAAUUCUUGGCAAUAGGCGCCCGUCUAGCAUGCUAGAAGAUUUUUGGGGAAUUGUGCGAGGUGCGUACUUAGACCGGGAAAGACAAGAGCUACAAGCUCAGAUGAUAAAAAUGCUCAUGAGCAAUCCAAAGUUCAAGGAGGCUUUACGCACCCAAAUUCUCCGUCGGACAAGCCAAAUUUACCCGCUAUUUAGUAGCCUUCUGAAAGCAGGAUGCGAUGAUAAAUGCGAACUGGGGUUGUUCUCAAUCCUGGAGAAGGCGGCCCAUCUCGGAUUCGAAACCUCGCGACAAGUGUCGGAAUUCUUACUGCCUCAAAUCCAGCCAGGUUCGGUAUACUUGGCUAGUAUCAUGGAAGACACGUCCGACACGGUCGAUGAGGAUGAGGAGUCGACCGGAAAACAUUCUCACCAUUUUACGGUUCAGACGGUAUCGUUCCCGCCAGUACAGAGAAGGGAUCUAGAUGAAACAGGCACGUUUAUUAAAGAGCCGGUGACAAUUCGUAGAGCGAUGGUAACGGUUAAGAGCUCUCAGAAACGGGGUGACGUGGUUAGGUAG